AUGGACGUCUCUAACAACCGUCUUUUUCGCUGGUCCAAGCCCGAAUGGCUUAACAACUCCGCCGUGCGCAACGCAGGCGUGUACACCUCCGGCGCACUGUUCUCCCUGGGUUUCUUCUUUCUCAUCGACGCCGCCGCUUUCUCCCACAGCGCUCGUAACGGCUCCUUCGUGCACGUCAAAUUCGUCGACUGGAUCCCCGGCAUCUGCUCCGCGCUGGGAAUGCUCGUUAUCAAUUCGAUCGAGAAGUCGCGUCUUCAUGCCGAUAGCUUCAGUUACAGUGGGAGUGGGGUUGCGUGGAAGGCGAGGUUUGUGCUGUUCUUGGGAUUUGCGUUGCUCGCUGGUGGAUUGGCUGGGAGUGUGACGGUCAUGGUACUCAAAUACCUGGUCCAGGGCACCAUCGUCCUAUGGAUCUCCCAGAAUAUAGAAGACGAUUACACCUAUAACCUUGCUCUGUGA